UGGAGGCCAUUACCAAGUUAGAAAGGGAAUCUGAAACAACUAUCAAAAUUGCCUAAAACACAAGGGAGACGGCGGUGGCGGUGGCGGCGGCAGAAGGAAUAUUUAAGAAAUUUACGUGUUUCUUUACAUGAUAUGUCACACACAAAGGGAACAAUUUCAAUCAGAUGCAUGGCACAAGAAACACCUCCACAUUAAACCAAUGGUGUUGGUUGGUACUUGGUAGCUCGUUCUGUCCGUUGUUCUUGUAGCCUUUCCUUGUCAGUUUCAACUUCAAGUUGUUCUUUGAUUCUCUGAAAUGGAAAUAUGGACUUUUUCUCUCUGUGCCUGGUAAAUCAUGUCCACAUCUGGCUACCAUGCAUGGCAAUACGUGCCCUGCUUUCAUUGCUCAGAUGAAUUGUAAUUCAACAGGACACUACCUGUUUGGCAUUUCCUCAUCAAACCCAGUUUGAGCUUGGUGGGUGGCAAGAUUUCUACUUAAUAUAUAUACUUUAGUUAAUUUGACCCUUAAUUGAUUGUGGUUACCAGGAAAUUAGCUUGAUUAAUUUAAAUUGAUUGCAAUUAGCUUAAUUGGUUUAUGCUUCAUUGGGUAUAUUUGCCAAAUUAUAGUAACUCUUUGCGUUUUGGUUUUAUCAUCUUACCAAGCGGAGAUUUUACCAAAUCCCACAGAGAUAAAUUCCAUAUAUACAAAUUGCAGUCAAUGAAAAGUUAAUGCUAAGGGCCAAAGCUGUUUCUGUGAACAAAAGUAGCUGAACAAAAAAAGUCAGCAAUUUUUUUUCGCUGUGACACCGACUAUGGCUUCCAACCAAGAAUGCCUCUUGGAAAAUGGCACAAGCAGUGAGGAGGAAGUGCACCUUGGCAGGACCGCUAGACAAUUGUCGGCGUCUGCAUUGCGCAAGAAGUCGGAUCCUACACUGCCAAACAGUGUUCAAAAUGGACAUCUCAGGGAGUUGCUUGUUAAUCUUCAGGUUGUUCUUCUGGGGACCAAGCUUGCGGUUCUCCUUCCCACCAUUCCUCUGUCCAUUUUUGCUGUGUAUUAUGGCUUUGGAAAGCCCUGGAUUUUCACUCUAAGCUUACUUGCAUUAACCUUACUUGCUGAGCGCAUCAGUUUUCUCACAGAACAAAUAUCAUACUACACUGGUCCAACAGUGGGAGGGCUCCUAAAUGCAACAUUUGGUAAUGCCACAGAGCUGAUUAUAGCAAUAUCUGCUCUAAGUCAUGGAAAAGUAGCCUUGCUCAAGUAUUCUCUCUUGGGUUCAGUUCUUUCUAACCUUCUUUUGGUCCUUGGAACCUCCCUUUUCUGUGGUGGUCUUGCUAACCUCAGAAGGGAGCAAAAAUUUGAAAGAAGACAGGCCAAUGUGAACUCUCUCCUUCUACUUCUAGCAACAUUCUGCCACACGCUCCCAAUGCUGCUUCAAUAUGCUGGGGACUCUGCUGCAACAAAAGACCAAACACUCCAAUUCUCAAGGGCCAUUAGUAUCCUAAUGCUACUUUCUUAUAUUGCAUUCAUGUUCUUCCAGUUGUGGACUCACCACGGAUUUUUCGAAUUGCAGCAAGUAUCAGAAGUUGAUGGUGAUGAAGAUGUUGAAGAAGAAGUGGCUGAGAUAGGUUUCUGGAGUGGAUUUGCUUGGCUGUUUGCUGUCACUGCCAUCACAGCUUUGUUGUCUGAGUAUGUUGUGGGCACAAUUGAGGAUGCAUCAAAAUCUUGGGGUUUGUCUUUCAGCUUCCUCAGCCUCAUCCUGGUACCAAUUCUUGGAAAUGCAGCUGAGCAUGCAGGAUCAAUCAUUUUUGCUUUCAAGAACAAGUUGGACAUAUCAUUAGGAGUCUCUUUGGGGUCUGCAACUCAGGUCGCCAUGUUCGUGGUCCCGUGCUGCGUCGUUGUUGCUUGGAUAAUGGGCAUCAACAUGGAUCUUAACUUCAAUCUCAUUGAAACAGUGUCUCUUGCUCUAGCAGUGAUCACCACAGCCUUUGCUUUACAGGAUGGCACUUCCCAUUAUGUGAAAGGGUUGGUUCUUAUUUUCUGCUACAUUGUUAUUGGAAUCUGCUUCUUUGUAUUCGAAACGCCGGUUGACCAAACAGCAUCAACUUGAGGCUAAAAUCACCAACUAGGAAAGCAGUUUUCAGAGCUUAAAAUAGUGGGCAGGUAAUAAGUUAUCUCUUCUGUGCUAUAUGAUUUGUGGUCCUGUGGAUAUAGCCAGAGGUUUAUGGUAGUUACCUUUGCAUUGCGAUUGGGAUUGGACAGUUUUAGCCACUUUUGCAUUGCGAUUGGGAUUGGACAGUUAUAGCCAGAGGUUUAUGGUAGUUAACCAACAUAGCAACAGCCAUCUUCAGCUGCGCUUCAACUCGAGCGCGCCUCAUGAUAUUUUCUCCUUUUUGU